ACCUAGAAUCUAGGCUAGAUCUAUGGCAGCAGAAAAUAUUGUGACUAUUUUUAUUAAACUUGAGAUUUUAGAACUCGUUCGUUUCGAUGCCCGGCCCCUGCACUUCAAAAGCAGUUGUUUGUGAUGCUGCAAAUCAUUAUCAAGGCCAUAUUUUCAUUCCCCACUUGUGAAUGUGACUAGUAGUACUAGUAGGAGCUGCAUUGCAUGCUGCAGGAGGCUUUCUGCAGACGAUCGUGUUUCUCUGGUCCGGUGGUGCCGGGGGAAGUGGUGUAUCGGAAACGGGUCUUAUCUAGCUGGACGUGGACUCUCCUUUCCAUCUAAAAAGUGCGCUUCUUCUGUUCUAGCUAAGUAUGAGUCGGUAUGACCUCAUGAAAUGAUCUUCCGAAGUUCUUUCUCUGUCUACGUCUGAUAUUGAUAAAAAUAGUACAAACUAUGAUACUAGACAGCCAAAAUAGACUUCAUCAUUAUCACUCUGGAUCUGGUGUCUAUCUGCUAAGUCAAGUGCUCUAGAAGGAUCUAGACUCUAUGCAACUUGCAAGAUUCCACAACUCAAGAUUGACGUUAAAAUAUAGAUUCUAAAUAGCCUAGGGAUCUAGAUCUAGGCUAAGUUGAUUGUUGAUAGACUAGUCUGAAUGACAAUGAUGGUAUCUCUUUGGUUAGGACUAGUCUAGGGAGUAGGGUCUAGAACUUGAUUAACAUGAUUAACUAGAUCUAGACUAGGCCUACUCCAGAGUCUACAGCUAGAGUAAACAAAAUGGCGAUAUCCAUUGAUUCACUUAAACUUGAUUCGCUUGAAGUUAAAGAGGAACUAGUAGAUGAAGAUUAUAUCAACCACCAAGUUUCAGUAUUGAUGUCUGAUGAAGAAUUAACUCCAGGGAGCUCUGCCGCAGGAGGAGUUAAUGAAGAAUGUGAAGAAGAGGAUGACAAGUUGCAAGGCUGGAUCAAUGGUCCUAGCAACAAUUAUAAUGCCAAAAGGCAUACAAAAUAUGCACUGUCUUUAUUUGAGAUAUUUAGCAAACGGGAGAAUGUAAACUUUGAAGACAUUGACAACAAAGCUUUGGAUGUUCUUCUUUCAAAUUUCUACAAAGCUGCGCGGAACAAGAAGGGAGACUUGUAUGCAUUAAAGUCUAUGCAAAGCAUUCGAUUUGGCCUGCAACGUUACUUUUUGGAAUCGCGUGGCAUUGACAUUAUCAGGUCAGAUGAAUUUUCUUUGUCUCACAAAACCUUUGGGGCAGUGAGUCGUAAGCUUAAAAGGUUUGGUAAAGAUAAAGUGAGGCAUCAUCCCCAAAUCACAGUAGACGACAUGGCACGCAUGCAGGCAAGUUUGGAUUUGAGCAUUCCCCAAGGCUUACAGCAUAAAGUAUUUCUGGAUACUGUGCUGUACUUUGGCAGGAGUGGCAUGAGGAAUCUACGUACUACAAGACCAGGAGACUUUGUUUUGCAUCAGGAGAAUAAUCAACUUUUCUACACAUUUCGAGAGAAUCGGGAAGCACAAAUGUGUGCCAUGCCUGGCAAUCCUCGAUGCCCUGUCGCAAACCUGAAAAGGUACAUUUCAAAGCUCAAUUCCAAUUGUGAGUGGAUGUGGCAGAGGCCAAGGCAGCGUUUCUCAGACUCAGAGGAUCCCUGCAUUUGGUACGAGAAUUCACCCCUUGGAAAAGACAAUCUAUCCUUUAUGACGAGGACAAUAAGUGAAUUGGCUGGUUGCAAUAAAGGAUAUACCAUCCAAUCACUGAGGAAAAGCAUGACAGAGAAAAUGUUGGAGUCGUUGUCAAGAAACGACAGCACCAGUCAAAACAGAGAUUAUGCCAUCACAGUGAUCGCACUCCCGCGUUCAACAUCUAACAGCGUUGUUACUCGGAUCAACAAAAUGAUUACUGCCAGUCCCAGAGUACCUGUUGCUGCCCCUAUUACAGACUCCUCCAUGAACAUCAUUGAGCUUCUAUUAUCCUCUCCUUCCAAGAACCCUUCAAGUGUGACUGCUUCUUCAAGUGACAAGGCAACCAAUCUACAAACAAUGCAGCAGAACACCAGUGUUACUUCAAAAUCAAAUACAGGUGUCAAUGAAGGUACGAUGACAGAGCUGACUUGGAUUGAAUUACCGAGAAAGCUAGUACAAUCCAAGGAUGCCUCCACUCAGUGGGAGAAGCAGCCACCUACUCACUCCACUCACUCCACUUCUACGCAAGAUCUUUAUAAACCAGAAUGUGGUGAUGACGGUGAAUUGAAACAGGAUGGUCUUGGUUGGUGCUCAGAGGAUGAGUUCAUGGAUUCCAGUGAACCUUCUGAUGUACAUAUUGAUGGGUCAAGCAUUGUAGCAUGGUCUAGAGGCGAUGUGGAGGAAACCACUGUGGCUCAAUCUCAGGAAAGAGAACAAAGCAACACGCCCAUCCUGAGAAGAAUCAAGGAAGAGAUGAUUGAAGAAAUUGAAGAAGGAGAUUACCAGACCCUAUAUGUAAAGGAAGAAUACUUGGAAGAUGAAUGUCAAGAUGAUGAUUAUGCACAUGUGCAUUUGACAUCAGGUGGACAUCCAAGAUUGGAGGCUGAAAGUCCAAGAUCAACCCAGCAAACCAACAGCUACAGAGCUCCAAGGCAAAAUGGUGGACCAUGUAUUCGAUCAAAAACAGCAUACAAGAUGGAUCAAAUAGCAUGCCCAGCACCCCAGUGCGAGACAUCCUGGCCAGCUAGAACACCACCGGAGGUACUGGUUACCUUGAUUCAACUACAUGCCCGCACUGCCCAUCCAGAGCCAUCAACCUCUGCUCCGGUAGUCAACAGAGAAGUUGAAACACCUUCUACUAAACCUACAACCGAAGCUGGAAUAGAGACCGGCAAAGAGAAGACCGGGCGUUGGGUUAUGGACUACUCGACACCAGCAUUGCCUGCCGACAUCACAAACCUGCUAAAAAAUGAUGACAGGAGAGUCUGUGACAAAAUAUACAGAAAGAGGAUUCUGGCUAUUAUUUUUGAUGAUCUGAUGGCACAUUCCCUAUAUCCUACCCGUGAGGAAUAUAAUUGUGUGGCACGAAGCUUAAUAAAGAAGUAUCCGCUUUUGGCAGACCGAGCAGUCAAUUCAACGGGAUACGAUACUUGGAAGCAGGCCUUGCGUAACAAGUUCAAAAAUACCAGGAAGCCCCUGACGCAGGAGAGCGCUGUCCUCGAGCGGAAGCGGAUCUUUGGACACCCGCGACAGGCCCAAGGCAGGGACAAGGCGGGCCAACCGUCUCCCAUCAAAAAAGCUAAACGAGAUUAUUCCCCUAGUCUGGGGGGAGUGUGACCAGUUGUAUACACUAGAUAAGGACCCCCCACUGCCAACUCCAGCCAUGGUCCUAAGAUUGAGGGAACCCUCAACUCAGGACAUAGAGAUUCAUGUUAACGGUGUGCAGCUGUGCAAGGCAACCGGUGAGGUCAAAGGGUUGUGUGCCACACUUGGGGCAUAUCAUAUCUUCGAUCUGCAGUAUAUCCCCGUACUGGCAAGAAGACCCUGUUUUUUUUCAGCAGUUUCUUGCCGGCCUCCAAACUGGCAAGCCACUGCCAUUGAUGGUACAGCGUUUAAUCAACAUUGUCGCACAUUGAUUUUUGUUUUCUUUCCUUUUAUGAAUUUUGAUCUCUGGCAUCUCAUAUCUGGUAUCUCAUUCUGCAACAGUUUUCUUUAAGUCCUAAUUGUACAUGAUUUUACUAGCUUUCCUUGAGCAAAAAUUAGAAAUGUAUUAAAUUCAUGUUUAAAGGGGUACUCCAGGCUGAAAAUAAUGAAUAUUCAAUGAAUAGAGUAAAAUUAAACAAAAAAAACACUGGAAAUUUUAUCAAAAUUCUGAUAAAAAAUAACAAAGUUAUUGAAUUUCAAAGUUUGCAUUAUUUCGGUAAAACAGUUCUAUGGAUGUUGUCAUGAAUAUGCAAUGAGUGGGCUGAUUGUGUAUUUAAGUAUUUCCACUGCAUUGAACCGAUACCUCCAUCCAGGUCAGCCUCUCCAAAGCUAACUUUAAGUUGGUUCUUACAGUCUGCACUUGUGUUGAGAUCACACUAACUGAUGUUUAGGUAAGCAUUAAAGCUUUUCGACAUAUAA